AUGCCGCAGGAAGACCCGGGGCAGUGGUCCGUGCGCGAACUGAGGGCCUUCCUGGCGGCGCGCAACGACGCGACCUGCGCGCACGCGACGGAGAAGAAGGAGCUCGCGGACCGCGUGCGCGUCUUGCUGCGCGAGCGGGCGGCGGCACCGCGGGCGCCGGCGCCGGCCGCGGCGCCGGCGCCGGCGGCCGACGUGCCCCAAGACGUCGCCGCGGCCAUUGAGCGAGCGCUCGCCGCCGCCGACGCGUACGAAGCGCUCGGUGUAGAGAGAGGCGCGUCGCCGGCCGCCUGCAAGAAGGCGUACCGGCGGCUCGCGCUGCGCCUCCACCCCGACAAGUGCCGGGCACCGCACGCCGAGGAGGCCUUCAAGCGCGUGUCGGCGGCCUACGCCGCGCUCCAGGACGGGCGGAACGUACGCUUCGGCGAGGACGGUGCGUCGUCGGAGACGACCUACAAUUACGGGGCCUAUUCCGACGAGGCGGAGCUGUUUCGGGCGAUGUUCGCGGGCGACGGGUCCUUGCUGACGCGCCUGGUAUCGGUCUUCCGCGCGAACCCCUGGACGCUGCUGGCCCUCGUGUCGGCGCUGCAGUCGCUCGGCAACGUCGUCUCCAUGGUUAUGACGCGGCCCGAGGCAUUAUUACGCUGUGUUGUGGUCGUGGGCGCGCUCUACGCCGCCUCCGAUAGAUUAAGAUAAGGU